CAAAUCACACACACUCUUUCUUUUUCUAAGUUGGACUUUGGACGAAGCCAUCACCACCCAUGGCUUCCAAGCUAUGCGACUCUUGCAAAUCAGCCACUGCCACUCUCUAUUGCCGCCCUGACUCCGCCUUUCUCUGCGCCGCCUGCGACUCCAAAGUCCACGCCGCCAACAAACUCGCUUCUCGUCACCCUCGCGUCUCUCUCUGCGAAGUCUGCGAGCAAGCCCCCGCUCACGUCACCUGCAAAGCCGACGCCGCCGCUCUCUGCCUCGCCUGCGACCGCGACAUCCACUCCGCUAACCCCCUCGCCAGCCGCCACGAACGCCUUCCUGUUACGCCGUUCUUUGAGUCCGUACACUCCGUCAAAUCGUCCUCGCCGAUUAACUUCCUCGACGACCACCGCUUCUUCUCCGACGCGGAUGCUGACGUCAGUACCGAAGAAGCUGAGGCUGCUUCCUGGUUGCUCCCUACUCCGAAGACGGAUCUGAACUCUUCUCAGUACUUGUUCUCUGAAUCCGAACCUGUUCCUUACAUAGAUCUGGAUUAUGGUUGCGUCGAUCCGAAAGCAGAUCAGAAAAGCUCCGCCACCACCGACGGUGUUGUUCCGGUGCAAAGCAACUUCGAGCCUUUCGCCUACGGUUACAAGUACAACACGACUCUGUCGCAGUCGCAGUCGCAGUCGCAGUCACAGAUAAGCCAUAGUGUAUCGUCGUCGUCCAUGGAGGUUGGAGUUGUACCGGACGGGAACACUAUGUCGGAGAUAUCGAACUGCAGCUACAGCAAGGUAGCGGCGGUGACAGUGACGGCGCAGUUCUCGGCGGCGGAUAGGGAAGCGAGGGUGUUGAGGUACAGGGAGAAGAGGAAGAACCGAAAGUUCGAGAAGACGAUUCGCUACGCUUCUAGAAAAGCGUAUGCGGAAACCAGGCCAAGGAUCAAGGGCAGGUUCGCGAAACGCUCCGACGUCGACCCUCUUGCUGGAUACGGCGUCGUUCCGUCGUGUUGAUUUGGCUAAUGUUAUUGUGAUAAUAUAUGAUGCGAUACUGUUGCUUACUUUCUUAUGCUUGCUUUCUUUUUGCUGUAUAUAUACUACUCUCCUUUUUUGGUUUGGAUUAUGCAAUGUAAAGUUGCAAACCCUUGCCGUCGA